AUGGCAACCAGCAUCAAGGCCGCCAUUCCAGCCAAGGGAGUGGUUGAGAUGACCAUGGCGAAUAAUCCGAUUCCUGCCGCGACGCUUCUCGAGGCGUACACCUUGUACUCGGCGAAUAUAAGCGGGAAGGUAGUGAAUGGUAUUGGUUUGGCGGAACGCAUGUUUGCCCUCCCAAACCUGGGCGUGACUCACGCAUUUUCCAAGCACCUUCGCCGCACCAACUUUAGCCAUGGCAAUCCGAACCCUUACGAGAGUAUCUGCUUCGGAUCUGCCGAGGAUGUUGAGGGUGUAGCGCUUCCUUAUCGGUUGAACUUUCAGAUCGGCAUAAACUCGACCGUCGAAGAUGCCAGAAGUCACCAGGCUGAAGACGGUCAACACCUGGGAUCGAAGACGGAGUUGGCGUCGUCCAAAUCAACUAUCUCGAGAAGCGAAAUACCCUUGGUUGGCAGGUGCACCAUGACAUGCCGAAACAAGCGUGUCGCGUGCUUGUUGUUGUACGGGAACGAGAAAUACUUCAGCUCCGGUUGGGCCCUUGAUGUUCUCGAGUCGACGGGGGGUGACGAGCGACAGUCGUUUUUCGACAUCGCCUUGAAACUCAUGGUCACGGUGUACGAUUACCCCAAACCUACCGUUUGCGCGGUGGCGGGCAUGUGUCCCGGUUACGCUCUCGACGUUGCGAAUUUCGCCGACAUCACCAUCGCAUCCAAGAAUGCGGCCUUUGGAAACAGCCAGGUCAAGUACGGUUUGAACCCGACGACCCACCCGAUGUUCAAGAAGAUGGGCGUCCAACGAGCCAAGAGGUUGAUCUUCACUGAAGACCCCAUGGGAGCAGAAGAGAUCAGUUUUGAUACUCAGCCCCGGAAAUAUAUGCCAGUCAUCGAAAUCUCGGAGAGAGAGUGGUGUGCACUCCGAACAGGUCUCGUCGAUGAACUCACCGAAGUCGGGCAGUUGUACGGAAAGUCCAUGGCUUUGGACAAGCAGAUCGGGGAAUGUGGAUCGGAACUGGCAGUCAAUCUCAAGGGGGUGUGCCUGAGGGUGCCCAACAUGGAUCACAUAGGUGCCACCUACUAUGAGACUCGCUUCACGAAUGACCUGUUGGCGAGGGAUUUGACCAAGAAGCUGGUGGCCGAGGGUCUGAAGAGGAUCAAGGAGAAGCGACCAAAGGCUACCGAGCGUCUUGGGAAGUGGUAA